AUGGAUUAUAUGGAUUACUUUAUUGGUUUUCAAUUUAAUGAUUUAGAUGUCCUCAAAAGAAUGGUGAAUGUUGCUAAGGGCUUCGGAUCUCAAUACUGCACAUUUUCCGUUUCUCGAUCAAAAGUGGAAUUAAUUGGUUUAGAUAUAUCAUCAUCAUCAUCCGUAUAUGUUUACGUAUCUUGUGAAGUCUCAGCCGAUACGUUUGUUCAAUUGUUAAAAUUCAACAUUCCACCUUCAAUUCAAAAUACUGAAACUGUAUGUUUUAAAGUCAAUACACACAACUUGGCUCACGCGAUCGAAUGUAUGUGUAGGAAAACAUAUGAACAUAUGAGGACAAAUGUAUGUAUGAAACUACGUGAGUCUGGAGAAAAAUGGAUUCUAAACCUUCUACGUGAGGAAUAUACUGAUAAGGAAUUUAAUAAGAAUGAAAAGGAAAUUUUUGUGCUCCCUGAGACUUUUUUGAAGUGCGAACCGACAAUUGGGCCUUUUAAUGUAGAUAUUGCACUUCCUGAUUUUUAUAAAGUCCAUUGUGUUGGUGCGUCAAUAAAAAAUUUUAAUGAACGUAUAAAAAUUAGCGCAAACAAUCAUGGAGAAUUAAAGUUGGAGGCAGGGCAUGCAAUGUUCAACAUAGUAACUUGUUUUAAUAAUUGUACCAAUCAUAUGGCCGUAACUAGUGACAUAAAUAUGUCUGCAUCUACAAUUAUCUUUUGUAAUAUUGUGAUUAGUAAUAUUGUGGUAUUUUAUCUAUUAAUAUUAGAUUUAGUAGAAAUACUUGAAGAUGACUAUCUCAAAUUUGUAACCAUAAAUGUAGAUUCAACACAUUUUGUGAAAUUUUUUAAUGUUGUGACAGAAGAGUUUGAUGUCAAUUUUAAAAUUGUUGAUAAUCAUGCUUUGUUGUUUGAAGCUGAUGACAAUUGUUUAAAAGUAAAGUUAAUAUUACCAGCAAAGCUUUAG